AUGCUAGGACGUGGAAUUACAACAAUUCGUUCUAAAGAUUGGCAAAGUGUUGUCGGGUUAGAGGUGCAUGCACAAUUAAAUACGGAAUCAAAACUCUUUUCUGGUGCUGAAAAUACAUUUGGUGGCUUAGUGAAUAAUUGUGUUGCGUUAUUUGAUGCUGCUAUUCCGGGAACUUUGCCUGUUCUUAAUCAAAAAUGUGUAAAACUCGGCGUAUUGACAGCCUUAGCUCUCUCCUGUAAGAUAAAUGAAGUAUCGAGUUUUGACCGUAAACAUUACUUUUAUGCAGACUUGCCUUCUGGUUAUCAGAUAACACAACAAAGGGCCCCUUUGGCUAGUGAUGGAGUUAUUAAUUUUCAGGUUUUCACACCAGGUGUUCACAAAAAACCAUACAAUAAGAGUUCGAAGAUAAAACAAAUUCAGUUAGAGCAAGACAGUGGCAAGUCACUACAUGAUGCAGAAUUAAAAAGAAGUCUAGUGGAUCUCAACAGGGCAGGGGCCCCACUUAUUGAACUUGUAUUUGAGCCUGAUCUUGAGGAUGGUGAAGAAGCCGCGGCUCUGGUAAAAGAGCUUGUAUUAAUAGUACAGAGGCUAGGUGCAUGUACAGGGCGUAUGGAAGAAGGAGCAUUGAGAGUGGAUGCCAAUGUCUCUUUAAGACGUUUUGGAGAUCCACUUUCAACACGCACGGAGAUUAAAAAUAUAGGAUCAGUGCGUGGAGUUGCGGGCGCGGUCAAACAUGAAAUAGAAAGGCAACGUCAAAUAUUGAAAAAUGGCGGUCGCAUUAUAAAUGAAACUCGUUCAUGGGACGCCACCGCUAAAGUAACAAUACCCAUGAGAGAUAAAGAAGUUGUCCAGGACUACAGGUACAUGCCAGAACCAAAUCUUCCCCCAUUACGAGUCAAUCUCAAAACAAAAGAUGAUAGUGAAGAUGUUAUAAGUGUCCCAUUAAUUAAAGAACAAAUUCCUGAGCUACCAGAAGAAUCUAGAAUAAAAUUGAUAAAUCAGUAUGAACUACGGCCUGAAAUGGCUGUGCAACUCGUCAACGAACCUGUUUUAUUAGACAUUUUUACAAAUAUAACCGUAGAAAAGUCUAGAAACCCUACAAAAGUUGCAAAUCUUCUCCUAAACGAUCUUUUAACAGUACUUAAUAAGAAAAAAAUAGACGUCGAGUAUUGUCCUGUAAAUUGGAAACAAUUAUCAGAUAUUAUAGACUUGUUAUUGUCAAAGAAAAUUAAUUUAGAUGUUUGUCGUAAAGUUAUCGAGGAACUUGUUCAAGGCUCCAAUUUAUUGCCCAUAGAAAUAAUUAAAUCGAAAGGCUGGUUAGUGAUAACUGAUGAAUCGGAAAUUUUAAAUAGGUGUUUAGAUGUGAUUAAUAAUAAUCCUAAAUUGGUGAAGCAGUAUAAAGAUGGGAAAAUUAAAGUAUUUAAAGCUUUAUUAGGUUUAUUGGCUAAGAGCACAGAUAAUAAACUCGAUAUGGCAAUGGCGUCCAAAAAAAUGGAGGAGCUGCUAAAGAAA